GAUGAUGAUAUUGGGGCUAUGAACUCUCUUCCGGGUUCCCCUGUGGCAUCUACGCUUUCUCGGAGAGUUUCUUCUGACUCUCAGUUCCAAGUUUUAGUGAAGGAGAAUUCCAGAGUACAACAGAUCUAUGCAGUGCAGUGGAUCCCUCAAUGGCAGUGACCAGGAAGGAAUCUAGACGACGUCAACCAGGUCAGCGAAUGUCAGAGCGCUAUUCUGGGGAAUACAGUUUGUGUGAAUUUGAUAUUGCCUCGGACUGUCGGAGUUCAGAAGAUACAUUGACGCCUCUCUCUACCUCUCCACGGUCAGCAUCUCCGUCCAGUGCAUCCACAGUGACCUUGGAAGGAGACAUGUCUCUGUUGAAUAGAACAUUGGAAGGGGACACGACCUUAACAGACAGUCAGGAUGUGGUGGAAUAUGGCCGAGAAACCGCAGGUGCUAGUCACAUAAUGAUGCAAAAGCCAUCUCUGCCAAAACAGGAAUAUUCCAAACUCGGUAUGAUCAUGCGUGGAGAGAUAACUUCCAGUAAUAGUAAUGACAGUGGCAUUCAGCAUGAUGUCAACAUAGGAUCUAGUGAGUCAUUGAAGCAGAUACCACCAGAAAUUGCAAGUCAUCUUACAAGUACGGUCAAGCUUCGCAACUCCCCAUCACCAAAACAAGAACGUCCCAAGUCAGAUUUUACUGUUCGAUGGGCUGAUCUACUGGAGCAAGUCAAGGAGACAAAUGUUACAUAUCGACGAGAGGGGAACAAACUGCGUAAACGACCCCGACCAAAGUCUGAUCUGGAAGAUAGUUGUGAAGAUGAAGGCUUAGAAUAUGACAGCACAAGCUCAGAAGAAGGCGGCAGCUCUCUGCUCACGGAUCCAAUUCUCCGGCCCUUUGGAGUAGGAGCCACUGGACCGCUAGGCCCAGGAACCCUCGGAGCAGGGCCCUCCUUGCAGCAGUGCGAUUCCAUACUUAGCCUGGUGGAACUGCGUCGCCCUGGCAACCGUGGACGCUUGGACGCAGCGGCUUUGCAAGCUGCAAAAUUGGCCAAGUCGCGACGGAUGUCCACGCCUCAGCCCAUCAAAUCGAGAACAGAGAAGAUCGUGCCCCGCAGCCAGAGGCGGACUCCCAUCGUCCGUUCUCACAGCAUGCCAGAAAACCUGGACCGCCUACACCGCAAGAAGAACUACCUCAGCCUCAUAGGCUCCGACAUGCACGCCCACCACAGAUCCUCGGGAGUGGAAGACGACUCGUCAGACGAAUCGGAGUUCUCUGUGGACUACAACCAGGAGAAGUCGCUGAGCACCCGAGCAUCCCGGGCCACUCUCGUAACACUGGACCAGAUGAUCGAAGAAGAGAAUUUUACGUACGCUGAGGCCUUGUGGGACCACGUGACCAUGGACCCUGACGAGCUGGGGUUCCGAGCCGGUGACCUUGUGAGAGUAACCGACAUGUCGGAGAAGCACUGGUGGUACGGUUCCACCGAGAACAGAGGCGGGUGGUUUCCAGCCUCCUUUGUCAGACUUCGAGUCAACCAAGAUGGCCUUGAGGCAGAAAUGACUCUACAACUUCAAGAAGAGGAGGAGCUGCAGCAGCAGCAGUUACAGCAACAGCCUCUGCUUACAACAAGCACCAGCAAAACUCAGUUUCGUGCCAACGUUGUCAAUGAGAUCAUUUCCGCUGAAAAGGAAUAUGUUAAGCACUUACAUGAUGUAAUCGAGGGAUAUGUUAAGCAAGCAAGAAAACGACCUGAGAUGUUUCCAUCAGAGAAAGUUAAUAUCAUCUUUGGCAACAUUGAAGAAAUCUAUGAGUUUGCAACCAAACUAUACUCUGACUUAGAGAAAGUUGUUAACACUGAGCACCCACAUCUUACAGAGUUUGGCCACUGUUUUCUUGACAAGACCCAGGGCUUUGAAAUCUACUCAGAAUACUGCAACAACCAUCCAGCUGCUUGUGAAGAACUCAGGGUUCUUUACCGUGCAAAGCAGUAUAGACAUUUUUUUGAGGCAUGUCGUUUACUGCAAGAGAUGACUGAAAUCCCCUUAGAAGGGUUUCUGUUGACGCCAGUGCAAAAGAUCUGUAAGUACCACCUGCAGCUAGCUGAGUUGCUCAAGUACACACCAGCAGACCACCCAGAUUUUAACAAUGUUCAAGCCGCUGUGGAGGAAAUGAAGAAGAUUGCCAAACUUGUUAACGAAAGAAAACGAAAGAUGGAGAGUAUAGAGAAACUGGCAGGUUGGCAGAUGUUGGUUGAUGACUGGGAGGGUCCUGAUAUCCUUGAAGGAAGUUCUGAACUAAUUUACUCAGGAGAGUUGAACAAGAUCAAUGCCAAUGGCUGGUCUCAAGAGCGCUACUUUUUCCUUUUUGACCAUCAGCUUGUGUACUGUAAAAAGGAUCUUCUGAAGAAGAACAGCUUUGGAUACAAAGGGCGAGUCAACAUUGACCAGAGUGAAAUCUUCAACAUACCUGAUGGCAAAGAUCCGCAGUACAAUGUUAAUGUGAGGAACGCCAUCAAAAUACAUGAUAAAAGUCGCAACAAAUGGUUCCUCAUGGUUGCUAAAUCAGCACAGAUCAAGCAACGCUGGAUUAAAGCAUUUGCAGAUGAAAGACGGCGUGUUCAUGAUGACCAAGAAAAUAAUUUUAACAUUCCUCUGCGCUUAAAACAGUCUGUUAUCGCAAACUUGAAACAGAAAGCCAACUUGAGCAAGUCAAAAGGCAAGAGAAAGGUGUCUCGAACCUCCAGCAUGCGAACAGCCAAGCAUGACAGCUGGUUCUCAACCAGUGCCACCCUCCCCAGACCCUCCAGGAAAUCCUCAUCUUCACAUCAGUCAGGACCAACCCAACAGUCCAACAAACUUAUGUCCUUCCUGCUUGGAACGAAGAAGAAGUCAUGAAGAGCAUUGGCACACAAAGGUUAAAACAAAUGCCUUGGGUUUGUCAUUGCUGAUGUAUGUUGUGAUCAAAGCCAGUUAUCAGUUGUGUUCAGUCAAGCUCUAAAGAGCCCUGAAACCAGACAGCAGCAUUCAGGUAGCCAUUUGUACCUGACUAGAUGAUGAAGUGGUGCAGGAGAAGAAAGGGACCGUACAGAACUGAUGGGGUUUCCAGGAAAGUGUAUGCUCAGACUGUUUACUGGAUAUGUGAUCAAGGAGUGAAUGGUGGUGAAUCAUUCAUCCCAUACAAACAGGUGAAUUUGCACCAGAGUGAGACAACAAAGAAGUGUAUCAAACACCAUGACAGCCCACUGGUGAAGAGGACUGCUAAAGCAUGAAAAAAAAAAUUGGACAGAUUAAAAGGGCUAAAUGGAUUCUAUGACAAUACUAAACAAAUCUCAGCUCUGUGUAUACCGUGUUUGGUACGCAUUACUGAUCAAGAAUACUUGAAAGUGUUUGCAAAAGGUGCUGUCAUUUUCAUUGACAAAAGAAAAAUUGUGGUUAGAGAAGUUCUCUUGCCAUGGAGUUUUGUGAUUUGUUAACUUCUUUUUAGGUCAAAAACAGCCAAAGAACUAUUAUAAAGUCAGGCUCUGUCUCAGUACAGUCCAGUUCUGUCACCAGGAUUUUAUAGCUGCAAGAACAGGAAAGCUGUUUCCUGCUCUUACCUCAAGAUCAACUUGUGCAAGGCAUAUUAAGGCAAUAGUGAAUGCAGACUUUUUGCUUGCUAGCAGAUCUGCUUAGCUGGAGUUGCCAAUCUUGUGGGCGCAUAGUGGAUCCAUGUGAGAAACACAGUGGAUGCAUGUGAGAGACUUUCUAUAUUGACAGUGUAUUCAGUGGAGAAACUUGGGUCACUUUAAGAUGUAUGUUGCAUUUAUUAUUAAUAAUAAUAAUCAAGUUCAUUUAUAUAGCACCAUAAUGGUAAGCUUAUGGUCCUUUAUAGAUAAUAAUAAUAGGCAGAAAAUAAAGCAACCAAAAUGGUAGGAAAGGAACAGGGAUUUGUCUUAUUAACAUCUUACCGAUAUCAGUACUCAGUUAUCAAACAAGUCUAUGAAAUAAAAAUAAAUGCACAAAGUUCAUAGUACAUGAUGGGGAAAAAAAUCCUCCAGGUAGAAGGGGAAAAAACCCCGAAGGACCAGAUCUCUGUUCAGACUGGUUUCACUUUUUCACAGAUCAGAUUUAGUUUAGAUCUGUCUUCGGGGACAUCAUUAGAUGAAAUCGAUCAAGAAUACUCAGGAUAAAUCUUCAUCGGGUCGUAACAACUGUAAAUAGUUUUUGCUGCCCUAGUCACCAAGCAGUUUGGCUAAACUGCAUCCAUUCCAUCUUGCUGACCAACAUGCACAAAACAGGACACUUGACUGAGAUUGAAAUGGAGGAAAAGACUAUUACUCAACAGCUUUGAGGCCAUAUAAGCGAAAUAAAAGGUCAAGACAAUGAAAAACAGAUUCGUCACAAGGAUUACAAUCGGUCAAACUAUGGUUUCCAAAACCAAAAUCAAGCCAGAAACAUGUAAAAAUCCAGAAUGGCCAUCACCCUCAUUGCUGGAGUGCAUGUAAGAGUUACAAUAGGUUUUAUAUUAUGGGCAGCUAGAAUUGUUCCAUUAAAUUUUACCAUUUAUAAUGGAAAUGUUUCUCAGUUCCUGAAAGCAGAUGCAGUUAUUUAUCAGAGAAUUCUAUUUGAAGAUCUGCAAGAUCAUGGUAUCUCGCAAGGUUCAAAAUAACAACAGUUUUACAGUCAUUAAAAAUCUGUGUUGUGAUCUGUGCAUGACUGAAUUAAUAAUUAAGUGCUACAUUUAUCCCUAAGAUGUUAAAUCCACAUUUUGUGUUUUUAAACUUGUUUUGAUCAUGCUUCCAUGAUGGAGGUUAUAGUAAUGCACAAAAGACAGAAUAUCAGACUGAUAAACAUUACUUUUGUCCCUCUAUCAAAAAUGUGAAGGAUUUUUUUUUUUUUUUUAAAGAAAAGCAUUCUGAUGAAGAAUAAAUGCCCAUAGCCCUCCACAAACUUUCAUAUUAUACUGAUAAAAUAACUGAUACGUUAUGGCAAAUGAAUUUACAAAAUCAUAUUGCAAAAUAGAGUCAAAUUCUUGUUGUUUUCUACUAUAAGACUUUAAAUGCCCAUAUUGGGCACUAUCACAAGGACUAAACCACGUGUCAUAGGGACUGGUUUUGGACGGCUUGUAAUGCUAGAACUUGAAGCCAGGCUGUUGCACCAGUUUUGCUCGUGACAUGAUGCUGAUUUGCACUUUAAGUCUAUAACAGGGUCUUCCAUGUCCACCCAGAUUAGAAGGGUUGAAACAUUGAUAUUAUUAAUUCAUGUUUGUGUCUCAUUGACUUCAUUAUAUCUCUUGUUAUCAUAGGCAAAUCUGAUCUUCCUAAAGGGUUUUUCAAUAAACCACAGUAAAGAGGAUAAAAAGAAAAGGAUCAUUUGUUGGUUUUUCUUAUAAGUGGCACACUUGAUUGCUCCGUAUAGUAAAUGGUUGUUGUGUUCAGUCUUGUUCUGCACACCUGGUUUACGAGCCCAUUCUGUGUGGGUUUUCUAAUAGUUUUACAAAACCACCAUAUAUUUAAUCUUUUUAAUCUUUUCAAUUUGUGUGCAAAAAUAUGCUGUCCAUACUUUCUAAUAAAACCACGCCUUAGGUCCUUAAAUUUCUACUUUUGUCAUCACACUCACUUUUCUCAUCCUCGCGUUUUUCAGUCAGUGUAGAAGUUAGUCUUGUGGGUGUGCUAGUGUCUUGUUUGCUUUUAUAACUAGCAGUUGUUUAAUUUCAAGGAGCAGACAACUCAGCAGAUUGUUGAAGCUUGUGUCAUUAAGUGUGGUGCUAUUAAUUAAUAUCAGCAAUGCAUUACCACAUUUUUCAUUAGUCAGGAUUGUGCAGAUUUCUGUUAAACAUGCUUCAUUUGAUGCUUUCAAAGGUGGAGAUGCAACAAAUGCAUAUAGUACAUGAUGUUUGCUAACAUGGUCUGUAGUAUUAACAAAACACAUUUCUGAAAAUGUAUAAAUCUGGACAUUAAUAGAUCUGUUGGUAAAAAAAUCUUUCGAGUUUUUAAAUUGUAAGUGAGCACUUACCACCUAUGUUAUAUCUUGUAUAUUGCACAUCAUGUGUGCAGAAGUGAUACCAGUGAAUGUGUGGGUGUGUGGUGUUGCAUGAGAUUUAUUCUGUGUGCAUUCUUCAAUUUUAAUUCGUUCAUCUAUGAUACUUCAUAUCAUGAGACAUCCAGUUAGAAUAUCAUGUGCAUUAGAGUGUUAUUUGACAUUUCUAUCUCAUAAAGUGCAUUGAGAGCUUCUGCGAACUGAUCAACAUAAUUAUUUAAGACAGUAAGCGCUGUAAUCAAACAAGUCAUUGUGCAGCUGUAGUCCAGAAGAAAUUUUCCAGGUUUCCUGCAUAAAGUGACGAUACUCAACUUUUUCGCUCUUUUGUUUUGAGUAGUGCACUUAGACCAGCUAAUUCUGGACCAGCCCUAAGUAAAGGGCUAAACCAUUUUACUAAUAUUAAUCAUAUCAGUGUGCCCAUUUCAGAAGGCCAGGCCAGUGGUUGAUACACACGGACCAUCAUAAGCACAGCUGCAAGCAAUUCUAAAACCCAUUUUGUUUUGUAAAGAACCUUGAUCCAGGCAUUAUCAUCGUCCGUUAUCUAGCUUUGUUUGACGCACCAAGUCUGACCAUCAUUCAAGUUGGAUAGGGUUUAAGCUCUCUGCUUUCUGCAGCUAUUAAGGCCUCCAUCACGCAGUAAAAUAGGAUGUGGGGUGUUAAAUGUAUCUUUGCAGUGUGCAUGAUCUUUUAAAAUAGCUGAAACCUCAGUAACUCACCCUUUUAAACAAAACAAAUUAUAAGUUGUUUUCAUUCAGAAGCUGCUCUUCUGUAUCUCUUAUACUUGUUUGUGUUUGUUUCAAGAUUUUGCAGUUCAUCUGCUCUUGUUUUAUAGGAGUAUUCAUACAUUUUUGGAAUUGUACAUCUUUCACUCUUGUGAUGUUAAUUUGAAUAUUUUAUUUGACAUAAUAACAGUUUGGUUUUUUUCUAUUGCGUGGGACCCACAUGUAUACUGCUCUCACAAGUGACUGUAGAGACUGAGAGCUUUUCAUUCCAUAUUAUUAUUAUGGUGUACGCUUUUCAGUGUGUUAAUCUUUGUCUACAUGCUGUGUGUAGCAACACAGUGUCUAGACUGGGCCAAUGCCUGAUGUGACCAGCUUGCUUUUUUUUUUUUCUUUUAAAAUUUUCCUGGUAGUAUCAGAUGAUCACAAACUGCUUAGACAGUUAACUAUUCACUUCCCACUUGUUUUAAGUGUAAAAGGUCGUGACUGACUUGCCAAGUGUGUGUGUGUAUGCGCGCAUGCAUGUUUUUCUUGUGAGUGUUUUGACUGUCUAGGAUGUUACUUACCACAUUUAAAUAGUUCUCAAUUAAUUUAAGCUUUUGUGUAAAUACUGUACAUAUGAACAAGUAAUUAAAUAACAAUUUGAAAAUAAU